UUUGCCUUCCUUCCCCACUAAGGUUGACAAUAAAGAUGUGAAGAGGAAUGGAUCAGCCCCUAUUUGCUGCCCCGUGGCGACUUCUGUAUUUGGUGAUCCUGGGCCUGGCCAAGCCGUCCGAGGGGUCGCUGUGUCACAGCCUCACCCGCAAUGAAGCCAUUUUUCGAGGUCAGAAACUGGUUCAAGUCCCUCUGAAUCUGCCUGACACCCUGGAGUUUUUGGACCUGUCUUACAACAAGAUCCAACAGAUCACCUCAGCAGAUUUCUCGGCCUUGACCCACCUGAAGUGCCUCGAUCUGGGUUACAAUAACAUCUUUUCUAUUGCGAACGAUUCGUUUGCUUCAAACACCCUUUUGGAACAGCUCAUUCUCUUCAACAACUCGCUGAGGGAGAUUCCUUCGCAGGCUUUGAAGCCGCUGAAGAACCUGAAGCUGUUGUCCAUCUCCAACAACCUGUAUCCCCGCUCAACGUUGGAUGGCGUCUUCAGCACUUUCAAGCGCCUUGAAGACCUCUCCUUGGGGGGUCCCGCCAUCUACACCGUGGGAAGUCAGGACUUCCUUCCUCUGGAAACAAUCCCACUGAAGAGCUUUGCCCUGAAAACGGCCUCCAGUUUGAUGGAGUAUCAAAAAGGGGCCUUCUCUAAGCUCAACGCUACCAUCUUCUGGUGUGACAUCGCGCUAGACAAAAAUGCGGAAGCCUUGCCGCUCAUGCUCCAGGAUUUGCGGGGGAAGCCAAUGGAAUGCCUCCGUUUCCGCAACCUCUUUGAGUUCAUGUACUACACCAAUAACAUGGACCUCUUCUCUGGCUUGGCUGAAGUGGAGGCCAAAGAACUGGUCUUCUACAGGGGGAAAUUCAAUGAGAACCUGUUGCGCUUGGCCCUGUUGAAUGUUGAAAAGUCCCGUGUUCAAGACCUCUCCUUCAUCGCCAUUGACUUUGCACGGUCUCCCCUGUGGAAGACCCCCGAAGCCGGCAUUGCCAACCUGACCCUCCGCAACUUAGUGCUGAAGGACAUCAGCAAUCCAGACAUCCUGCGUUUCGACUGGACCUUCACGUGGUUCUCCGGUGUAACUUACCUGUCCAUCCUCAAUGUCAACUUUAACUUCGUGCCCUGUGAUGCCUGGAACGAGAUGAGGAACGUGGUGGCUCUGAACGUUUCUAACAACCGCUUGAUAGAUAGCUACAUCGUCAGCGAAGGCUGCCCACACCAAGUCAACUUGCCCAAACUGGAACAAUUUAACCUUAGCAAUAACGCAUUAACCCGCCUGAGCACAGUGGCCAGGUUGACCACCAACUGGCCCCGACUCACUCAAUUAGAUUUGAGCCGCAACCAAAUUGGGGUCUUGAAGGAAGGCUCAUGUACUUGGAGCUCUAGUCUCGUUUGGCUGGCCUUGGCUAACAAUGCAUUCACUACUUCCGAGAUCUUCAAGUGCCUUCCCACCACGCUACACUACCUGGACAUGUCCUAUUCUCAGUUGGAACGGCUUGAUAUGGAGUAUUUUGAGGUUGCUGUUGACCUCCGAGAACUUCUGCUGAGUGGGAACAAGAUCAAGUUCAUUCCUACCGAGUGGAGGUGCCCAAACCUGAGGGUGUUGCAAGUGGACAGCAACUCCUUUGGCGUCAUCAGCAAAGGUUCCUUCGUCAACAUGCCUCAUCUUGCCCAGCUGAAGGCAGGGAACAACCCUUACCAUUGUGUCUGUGACCUCUACAGCUUCCUUCAAGAGACCAUGAGGAACAAGAAGUUGAUGCUGCUGGAUUGGCCCAACGGCUGGACAUGUUACCACCCAGAAGCCCUGCUGCACACAUCGGUGGCUGCUUACGCCCCCAGGGUGACGGAGUGUGAUGUCACGGUGGUAGUGGCCAUUGCGGUCUCCAUCACCGCCACCGUGGUGAUAGUCUGCAUGGUUUUGUGUUGGAGGUUUGACGUUCCUUGGUAUCUCAGAGCAACCUUCCAUAUCGUCCGCUCCAAAUACCGGGCUCGCCGUUCCCAGCCGGCCCGGCCGUUCGCCUACCACGCCUUCAUCUCCUACAGCUGUGCCGACGCCGAGUGGGUGAGGCAGGAGCUCCUGCAGAGGCUGGAGGCCUUGACCCCGCCGUACCGCGUGUGCAUCCACGAGCGCGACUUCACGCCCGGGCGGUGGAUCAUCGACAACAUCAUCGAGAACAUGGAGAACAGCCGCAAGGUCAUCUUUGUCCUCUCGCGCAGUUUCGUCGACAGCGACUGGUGCAAUUACGAACUCUACUUUGCCCACCAGCGGGCGGUGGGCCUGGAUUUUGAAGACGUGGUGCUGGUGGUCAAAGAAGCCAUCGACCCGCAGGCAUUGCCCAACAAAUUUUGCAAGUUGCGGAAGAUGCUGAGCACGAAAACCUAUUUGGAGUGGCCUGUGGAACCCAGUCGGCAGGCCUUCUUCUGGGUCCAGCUGACGUCUGUUUUGGGGAAAGCCGACACGGUCAAUGCGGACCCAAAGAAUGAUCUGCCGCAGACGGAUUGCACGUCGGAUGGGUUGACUGAUGGUCGUCUUGAGAUGGACAAUCUAGAUAAAGAAAACACACUUGUGGAGACCCUGGGGAAUUAGGCAACGUUUGAUCUAAGCUCAACAAUCGGUCCAGUAUUCAAUGCCUCCCCCAGGAAUGCUCAAUGUAGGUCAGUUAUCGGCUUGCAUGGUGCAGGUUGCUAUUUUGGAGGCGGGUAGAAGAAACACAGGGGUCUACUGUAGACCAAGUCAGCCUGUUUGUCCAUCCAGUUCAGUAUUGUCGACUCCAGAGAUGCAAAGCCACUUUCGGUCCAGGGGGUCAAAUUCCGUUUCGGAGAGGU